UUUGCAACGGAAGAAAGAUAUAACGCACCAAUGAACAAACGUCAAAGAGAAAACGAUGGAAGUGUUGAGAGAAUGACUGAGACAGAAGCAACUAGGGAACCUUCAGGAAGGAACAGUGAAGGAUACAGUAGGAAACUCCCGAAAAGUGAGGUGCUGCUAGUCAAAUCGGAGAGACGUAGACCUUAUCUUACUCGGGACGUGUCGUGUUUCGAAAGAAUAGAACAAAUAGGGGAGGGAACAUAUGGACAAGUAUGGUCUGCUAAGGAAUUGUUGACGGGCGAAAUGGUUGCGUUGAAGAAGGUUCGUAUGGAUAACGAGAAGGAAGGCUUUCCUUUAACGGCAAUCCGAGAAAUUAAGCUUUUGAAAACUCUGCCUCACCAUAAGAAUAUCGUGAAUCUCAAAGAAAUAGUAACGGAGACAAACAAAGAUACGCAAAUCAGUGGCAAGCUGAAAAGAAAAUCAAGUAUUUAUCUUGUUUUUGAGUACUUGGAGCAUGACCUUGCUGGAUUGAUGGACACUCCAACUGUCCAUUUCACUGAAGCUCAAGUAAAAUGCCUACUGUUUCAGUUGAUCGAGGGUCUCAAACACUGUCAUGAAAACAGAGUUAUUCAUCGAGACAUCAAAGGUUUGUCAUAUUCCUUGAAACUUGUUUUUUAUUUCACUUUGACAAAUAUUUCAGCUUCAAAUCUCCUGAUAAACAAUAAGGGACUAUUGAAGUUGGGAGACUUUGGACUAGCAAGACAUUUAGGAGAUGAAGGUCGAAAAUAUACAAACAGAGUAGUUACUUUGUGGUAUCGUGCUCCAGAGCUUUUAUUAGGUACAACGGACUAUUCGUGGCCAAUCGAUAUGUGGUCGGUCGGUUGCCUUAUGGCAGAAAUGUUAAUGAGGAAACCACCUUUCGCUGGGAGAGAUGAAAUUGAGCAGCUUGAUAUGAUUUUUCGAGUUCUUGGAACUCCAACAGAAGAUAUUUGGCCAGAGUGGACUUCGCUUCCAAAAGCGGAAAUGUUUAGCGCAAAGAAAUAUCCUGCAAGAUUUCAACUGUUUUUUGGUCAUCUUUCAAGUAUUUGCAGAGACUUAUUGCAGAAGCUGUUGCACCUGAACCCAAAAUGUCGCAUAUCUGCUGCAGAAGCACUGAAACAUCCUUGGUUCACUGUAGAGCCAAAGUUGAUAGAGCCACACCAAAUGCCAUAUUUCGAGUCCACGCACGAAUUUCAAGCCAAGAAAAGACGUGCUAAAGGCAUACAGCAGUCUAAGAAUUCAAUGAGCACAGUCGGUAUCAAAGGCCCAAUAGUUGAUAGUCAGCAGUAUUCUGGUUCUAAUAUGAGGAACCAUUCUUCAAAGGAAUAUGAUUCACGAAGAAUAUCACCUCGUGGAAGUAGUACGGACUCACAGGUAGGAGAUAUUUCAAGGGCCAAAACAUCUAAUGGUGAUCUUCGAUCGCACGAUAUCUUAAGAGAGUAGUCCAAAUUUCAUAGAAUGGGGUUCCUUGAGGCAAAUUAAGACGGAACACUGCUAUAGUCCAGGAAUAGUUUUGCUUUAUACAAGUAUUUAGGAUAUUCUGGGAUAUUAAUUAUCUACGUUUGUACUCCGUCGUUUUGUCAUGGUUUUGCUUGCCAAAGAUUGAAAGGAACAUCAUUAAUUGACAAUUAUGGGCUGAAAUGAUUCGAUUACUUUCUACUGGUGACUCUAGCAAGGAAAGUUUUGGCAUAUUUUGGAAGAUAUUGCUCCAGUUGCAUUAGUAAUACAUGUUUUUUGAUAUUUUGUCCAUAAUUGCUUUAUGAAUUCAGUUGUUGCAUUUUUUUUGAAUGCUUUCUUAUAAGAGAGAGCUUAUAUGGUAGGAAACUCGCUUUUUUUUGAAAUUUGCAACUAUCCAUCUGCUGAAUGAUGGCAUUGGAAUAGCCUUGUUGAGAGAAAAUACCUAGAGUUAUAAUAUAUGUAUCUGGUGUUGAACAAGAAGAAAGAGAAAAGAAUAGCAUCAUCCUAUUUUAUUGUUCUAUAGUUCCUUGGAAUAAAACGUAAUUAUCAACA